GGAAGUGAAAGUGAAAGUCGUCUCCAUUUUGUGUGGAGGGGAAAAUACAGCAUUUCAGGAGUAAAAAAACAGGUUUGAUUUAACACACCGAUGUUGGAGUGAAGUGAACGUGUGUCCUGCUGUAAUCUGGAGAAGGAGACAUGACCUCCAACAUGAGUGUGUCUGGAAAACAGGACUUAAAGAGAGACGAGAGAAUGAUGGAGGGAAAGAGAUCAGACUCACCAGAACCCAGCUGUGUGUCCAUGAAGAGUGACUGGUCAAUGGGUCGUCCAUUUGACUUCAGAGACGGAGCCAGUUCUCCUGAUGUGAGACCACAACAGAAGAAAUCAAACCUCAGCAGAAAUCAGUUGGACUCCAUAUUCAAGGAGCUGGAACACAAAGUCAUCACUCUGAUAAAGAAUGAGCUGAAGAGGUUUAGGAAGCUCCUGAGUGCAGAUUACCCAGCAUGCACUGAGAGGGAGGUGGAGGAUGAGGAGGAUCUGCACAGUGUCAGCGAGGGAGCGCUGAAGAUCACACUGCACGUCCUGAAGAACAUGGACCACACAGAUCUCGCUCACACACUGCACAACAAACUCGCCUCUGUGUAUCAGACAAAGCUGAAAUCCAGCCUGAGAGAGAAGUUUAAAAGAAUUAAUGAAGGAAUCUCACAGCAUGGAAGCUCAGCACUUCUGAAUGAGAUCUACACAGAGCUCUACAUCACAGAGGGUUGGAGUGGAGACGUCAAUAAUGAACAUGAGGUGAGACAGAUUGAGACAGCGUCCAGGAGACCAGCAACACAGGAGACACCCAUCAAAUGUAAUGAUCUCUUUAAAGACAAGUCCAUCAGAAGUGUUCUGACUAAAGGAGUUGCUGGAAUUGGAAAAACAGUCUCUGUGCAGAAGUUCAUUCUGGACUGGACUGAAGGAAAAGCAAAUCAGGACGUCACCUUCAUGUUUCCACUUCCCUUUAGAGAGCUGAAUCUGAUGAAGCAGAAACAUCUCAGUCUGAUGGAUCUUCUUCAUCACUUUUUCCCUGAAAUAAGAAAACUAGAAGUAAUAGACUGUGACUCCUACAAAGUGGUGUUGAUCUUUGAUGGUCUGGAUGAGUGUCGACUUCCUCUAAAUUUCCAGAAGAAUGAGAGACUGUGUGAUGUGACAGAGUCAGCCUCAGUGGAUGUGCUGCUGACGAACCUCAUCAAGGGGAAUCUGCUUCCCUCUGCUCUCCUCUGGAUAACCUCUCGACCAGGAGCAGCCAAUCAGAUCCCUCCUGAGUGUGUAGCCCAGGUAACAGAGGUACGAGGGUUCAGUGAUCCUCAGAAAGAGGAGUACUUCAGGAAGAGGAUCAGUGAUCGGAGCCUGGCCAAUAAAAUCAUCAGACACGUGAAGUCUUCAAGAAGCCUCUACAUCAUGUGCCACAUCCCAGUCUUCUGCUGGAUCUCAGCCACUGUUCUAGAGAGAAUGUUGGGUGAAGCAGAGAGUGGAGAGAUCCCCAAGACUCUGACUCAAAUGUUCACACACUUCCUGAUCUUUCAGAUCAAACACAAGGACCAAAAGUACCAUCAGAAAUGUGACCCUGAUCCUCAGCAGACCAGAGAGAGUAUCCUGGCACUGGGAAAACUGGCUUUCCAACAGCUGGAGAAAGGAAACCUGAUCUUCUAUGAGGAAGACCUGAGAGAGUGUGGCAUUGAUGUGAGAGAAGUGUCAGUGUACUCAGGAGUGUGUACCCAAAUCUUCAGAGAGGAGUUUGGGCUUCACCUGGGGAAGGUGUUCAGCUUUGUACAUCUGAGUGUUCAGGAGUUUCUGGCUGCUUUAUAUGCAUUUUUCUGCUUUAUUUUUAGAAAGACAAAUGUGUUAGUGGAGCAAAGCACUGGACGUUCUAAUUUCUUCAGAAAGUCAGACAUGUCUGAUCUCCUCAGGACUGCAGUGAACAAGGCCUUACAGAGUGAGAAUGGACACCUGGACCUGUUCCUCCGCUUCCUUCUGGGUCUCUCACUGGAGUCCAAUCAGACUCUCUUACGAGGUUUAAUGCCCCAGACAGGAAGCAGCUCUCACAGCAAACAGGAAACAGUCAAGUACAUCAAGAAGAAGAUCAGGGAGAAUCCAUCUCCAGAGAAAUCCAUCAAUCUGUUCCACUGUCUGAAUGAACUGAAUGAUCAUUCUCUAGUGCAGGAAGUACAGUCUUACCUGAACAGAGGAGGUGACAGUCGUCUCAGUGGAACCAGACUCUCUCCUGCUCAGUGGUCAGCUCUGGUGUUUGUGUUACUGAACUCAGAUCAGGAGCUGGAUGUGUUUGAUUUGAGUAAAUAUGACCGAUCAGAGGAAUGUCUUCUGAAGCUGCUGCCAGUGGUCAAAGCCUCCAGAAGAGCGGAGCUGCGUGUGUGUAAACUGACAGAGGAAAGCUGUAGAGUUCUGUCCUCAGUUCUCAGAUCAAACUCCUCCAGACUGAGAGAACUGAACCUGAGUGACAAUAAACUGCAGGAUUCAGGAGUGAAGCUGCUCUCUGCUGGACUGGAGAAUCCACACUGUACACUGGAGAUACUGAGUCUGUGGCGGUGUAAUCUGACAGAGGAAAGCUGUAGAGUUCUGUCCUCAGUUCUCAGAUCAAACUCCUCCAGACUGAGAGAACUGAACCUGAGUCUCAAUAACCUGCAGGAUUCAGGAGUGAAGCUGCUCUCUGCUGGACUGGAGAAUCCACACUGUACACUGGAGACACUGAGGAUGUGGAACUGCAGGAUUACAGAUGAAGGUUGUGCUGCUCUGGCUUCUGCUCUGAGGUCAAACUCCUCAUCACACCUGAGAGAACUGAAUCUGAAGUAUAAUAAUCCAGGAGAAUCAGGAGAGAAGCUGCUCUCUGAUCUACUGAAGGAUCCACACUGUAACCUGGAGACACUACACAUUAAGGAUAAUACUCACCAGGACUGGCGUAUGACAGGAGUCUCACCUCAAACCUCUUCUCCAGGAUAAAGCAGUCUUGGUGAAGAGUUAGAACCCGUCCCACAUUUCCAGCAGUUUGGGAGUUGAAUCAUUAAACUUAAAGGGGCAGAGCAGAAACAAAGUCAAGAACAGGCAGAAGGUCGUACACAGGAGAAAUCAACACACAUAACCAAAUAUCUGCUGUACAAAGCAACGGCACCGAUCUGCCCCGGGGAUGGAGACUGACGAGGCUUAAGUACACGUCCGGAAAUGUACAGCCAACUCAUCCCGAACCACGAGGCGGGAGCAGGCGUGUACGAGAUGUGAUCGUCCAAUGGCAAGCCGGAACAUGACACAUCGCAGUGGACUGGGCUUAAAAGAGGAGGAGACAAGUCACCCAUCCCUCCCCCGACAUAGACACACGAAUGGAACAUAGUACAAACAGAAAUACAACUGAGGACGUAACAAUGGUCAAGUAUCAAAUAGAAUGUAAACUUGCAUUGAUGAAGGUAAUGUUGUUAGUAAUUGUUUCUAAAUUACCAUGGUAACACAGCUCCAAGGUAUAAAAAUAUGGAGUUUGUCAUCAAUCAAACAGUAACCAGUUUUAAUACCUAAAAAAGUUUACGUAGCAAAAUUUAGCAAAGCGUUUUACAGUAAAUUAAAAUGUAAGAUUAAAUUAAUGAAAUGUUGUGCAGAACAUGCUUAUGUUAAUGUUUGUUUCAUUAUAUGAUCAUAUAAAUAAAUAAAUACUCCCAAAGUCACCAGAAUGGAAUGCUUUUUGCUGUUAAACAUUUAGAGAUUGAGGUUGUGGUGACUCAGUAGUUCACUCAGUAUAUCUGGGUAAGACACAGUGAACGACUCACUGCUGGCAUUCAUGAAGAAGUCAUAAACUCCACUGGAAUAAUAAAUAGGAUCUAAUAAAACCA